AGUUAGCGACGGGAAUUCGGAUUCGAACGCUCGAGUCGUACUCGUUUCCCCGUCUCUUCAAUACACAUCGUUAAAUAGCCAAACAAAUACAAGCUGCAGGGCCACGCUCUUACAAGACCAUGCGACAGUUGCCCACAAAGGACUACAAAACUUGCGUGGUGUCAUGUUUCGUAAUCGAGAUAUUCAUUCAGAAUCGUAGGUCUCCGCAGUCUUUCUAUCGCAGUGUUGGCUUCAACGAAUGCCUUUCGGUUCUUAUCGAUUACACUGUUGGAAUAUUUCCUAGAAGUACAGAUCACAUUGAAUUUCGUUGUUGUCUUAAACCGUCAGUAGGCCACUGUCUGGCUUAGAAUUGGUCCAGUAUCAGCCAUUGGAGUAGUAAGAUAAAGGAACGCUGAUCUUGUGAUAAUGUGCACUGGAACUGUUCGAGGAGCCAGGCUUGGCUUAUUGCUGUCAAGCAUCUUUUUGAUGGUAAGAUACUAAUUUUGUUAGGUUCAAUCGAAUGGCAUGUAUAGGAGCAAGAGAAAGGCAACGAAUACAUAAUUAAAUAAGGCGCUUACCGAUUUUUAUUGACCGUAUCGUUAAAAAAACAACCAUCACCACCAGUGAGAUUUAUGGAGACCAACUGUUGUGAAUAUUUCAGAUAGAUUCAGAUAGUUUAAUAUAAUUCUCGAUGUCUCCAAAUAGUUUCAGAUAUCUUUCGUUGUCUCCAUAAAAUCUCGCAUCAUUUCAGACAAUUUCAGAUAGUUAGUUUCAAUGAUAUAUAAAGAAUUUGUUUAUAGAAAAGUCAACGGACACUUCUACUCGCUCGUCUCAGCCUCAGACAUUACACAAAAAAACACUAAACGACUUGAGAAUGUCACGUUAUGUAAUUGGAAAAAAGAUUAGUUUCUUUUUAAAUUUUAAGCCCAAAGAUAUAAUAUGUUGUCGAUUUUUCGUACCUAACUUAACUGAUUUCACGUUAUGUAUGGUUUGCGAAAUAGAUAGUUAAUUAAAGAAGAUAAAAAGUUGUUCUUUAUGUAUAUUUUAAUAUGAAACGAUGAAACGUGUAAAGAAAUGUUUACCGCAAGGAUACUUCCGUAAUGCAAGGAUUCUACAGUAAUGAAUUUGUUUUCUCUACAUUCCAAUAGAUCUCUCAUUCCAGUGAUUGGCUAAAGGGAAGGGUAGUCAUGAGACGCGAUAAGAGCUCUAUAUUUUAAUUAAAAACAUAUGGAGACAGAUUUAAGACUUUUUUUUGCAAACUUUUUUUGACGAACCUGACGACGCGUAGCUCACCGUAAGUUUGGUUGCAAUGGUGACACGCGAUAUGAUUUUUAGUUAGGUCAAGUUAGUGGCAGUUUUUCCAAAUCUGGUCACGUGACUCGUUAGCAUAAAUCUUUCAAUGUUUUCCCGUGAGUAAUUCUCCGUUUUGUGGCAACGAACUCCCCCAUCCCGUACCUUCUCCACCAAAGGCAUAAGGGACAACGACCUGGUGUGCCUUGAAAACGCAUGAAUUGAUUUACUUGACUAAACUGUGAUUAUCUCAUUCAGUGUACACUUUAUUUGAUAUGAUCGGUAGUGGAAGAUUGGUAUCAUCAUAGCAUUUUUUUUUUUUUUUUGAUUUAAAUGAGUUAAACAACUGUACACGCACGAUUAAAUCUAUUAGAUAGUCUUUAAUUCAUUUAAUAGGAAGAUCUUGAUGUUAAAAAAAGUAUGUUUUUUCUUCAGAUAAUCUCAAUGGCUUGUCUCGGUGGCGGCAUCGUGCUGGUCAUGGGAAGGUCCGUCUACGGGAGUGAACUGAAAUGGCUGCAGGAUGAACUCACGGGGUCAUCGAAGUCUCUCGGGGUGAGCAACCUUGACGUCAGCAAACUCGACGUCAUCUUCAUCACCCUCCCGCUGGGCGCCGUCCUCAUCCUCUUCGGACUCCUCAUGCUCGUCAUCAGCAUCCUCGGCACCAUCGCGGCCUCCGGGCAGUUCUACAAGUUUGUCAUCGUCUACCUCGUGCUCAUCUCGUGCCUGUUCUUCACCCAGACCGUGGUCAUCAUCUGCGCGUACAUUGACCGGACGCCGUUCGACAGCACGGUGAAAAACCUGUUGAAGUACACGCUGGAGGGCUACGCGGGAGACACGGGGACAGACGGGCUGACCCUCGGCUGGAACGCCGUCAUGUCCUACAAGAAAUGCUGUGGGGUGGACAGCUACGGCGAUUUCGCCGUGUCGACCGCCUGGACCCCCAAAACGCUCGGGGGUGAAACUUUAGUGACCCCUGGUAUAUGCUGUAUCGUUAAAGUUAAUCCACCUGCAUGCGCCAACAAUGUCAAGUACAGCACAGACACCUACCACAACCGCGGGUGCUACCAGCACAUCUGGGACCACGUCACGUCCAACACGGGGCUGAUCAUCUUCACCGUGUUCUUCAUCGUGUUGUUGGAGUUCCUCUGCAUCUUCUUCUCUUGCUGGAUUCUCUGCGGCGUUUGCAGCAGGGGAGCCAGUAAAGUUGAUCCUUACCGAUACAACUGAAAUGAAAAUGACAAACAAAACCUCCCAUACACAUUGUGGAGCUAAAUGACAUCACAAUGAGGGUUCUUUGAGCACUUGCCAAUCUUUUCAGAAAGCGUACAGUUAAUAAUGAAAUCACGAGCAUCAGAGUUUUUAAUAUUUUAAAUUGAAGCAAAGAGUAUUUCUUUAAAUCACAUAAUCCUAGCAUGUAUCAUUAGACACCGGCUUAAGCAGGUGUUUGACUUUAUAUGUUUUGUUUUGUUUUGCUGUGAAAUAAUAUUCAAGGCAUUUUGUGCAUCUUGAGAUUUCAACACGUUCAAGACAUUUGGUCAAGACAAUGACGUCGACGACCGUAUCAAUUCAUUGUGAGUUUACCCUGACACAACAUAGUGGGAAACGUCUGCUAUAUUCUACGGUCUAACUCUAAGCCAUAUUUUCAAAUUACUUUUAAAAAAAUGCAUACUUGCAGCUUCCUCGAGCCAUAGAAUAUCAAACUACUGAGAGUUUCUGCUGACCUGUUAACUGUCUCACACUUGCUAAAAAAGGGAGCUGGUCUGCACGAGACAACCCGGAAGUACUCACCUGCAGGAAAUUAUUAUUUUUUUAUUUUACAAGAAAAGCUAAAUUUUUAAUUUUUUUUUGUUUGACAGUAUAGGUGUUUAUCCGAUGUUCAGAGGUCCAUUUCACGUAAGCAUCAUUUUAAAGCUCAUUUUAUGGUCCAAUGGAAUUUUUUGGUACGCAAUUAUUGUUUUGUUUCGCAAGCCCGUAAUUACAUUAAACCUAAGGAUGAUUUUAUAGGAGAAAACUUUGUUCAAUUGUUCCGUACCCGAUAAAAGAUAGUAUCGAUAUUUCAACGCCAACUGGUAUCAAGAAAAAAGUUUCCACGUGAACCCCAAAACUAAAUUUGAAAUGUAAAACCUAGAGUGUCACUUGGUUGUGUCACGUACACGUUGUUAUGUGACAAGUUCAAACAUUUCAACUUAAUUCUAAUUAUAUUUUAAAGAAUAUCAAUAAAUCUUUUUGUGAUGUCUAUAUUCAUAUAUGAUUCUACUUUACUUCAUGUAGAUUAUAUAUUCCUUUCAUUGCAUAGUUUAAGAAUAGCUAUUUGUAAUUAACUAAGCUUACUUUUUUCAUGAAAAAGAGACUGGAAUAUAAAAUAUUUACUCAAAUAUAUAUAGACAAAAA